AUGAAGCGGCUCUUAUCUACAAUAUCGCUGUUUUCGACCAUGUUGUCAUCCUCAUGGGCUGCCGCGACACCUUCGCGGACUCUGCCAUGGUCUGUUGAUCACGGUCAGCAACUCAUCAUUGAAGGCAAAGAGUGGCGAUUUCAUCAAAAGUACGCCAACGUCUGGCAUGCCGUCGAACCUGGCGAAUGGGAUGACAACAUUCACCUCAAACGUGACAUUGAACUGGAUCUUUCCGACGGACCAACCACCAGUUUGGAGGAGCGAGGUCUUGUGUCCCGAGAUAUCAGAGACACUUGCAAAAAGAGCCUUGUUUGCGUUGGUAUGGCUCAGGCCGCGGAUUACAUCAGCCUUGAUGAGAACUGGGAUUUCAUCACGAAAUGGGUCGGUCGGGUUUGCUCGCCUGCCACCAUCGCGUGGAAAUGUCUAAAUCACCCUUUAGUCAUCUCACUCAUGGGACCCAUCUCCGGGAACGUGCUCAUCUACGCCGGCUACCAAGGACUGAUCUUCUCAGGCCAAAGCAAGGAUAUAGCUUCAAGUGCCCUCGCCAAGCCUGAUCCCCAGCCAACCUUCAUCGUAGGAAUGCCCGAUGGCGGCGAUGUCGAUCCCGUCCCUGCCGCAGGUCAAGCGGGUGCACCCACAAUAUCUCAGCAGCUCGAAGACAAUGCAUAUAAGACUGACGCACCAGAGACAUGUUCGAAUUUGAACAGCGAACUUGAUGUUAUAUACUGUCUGGGCAAAUAUGCUUGGGACAACGCGGGAGCAAAGCGGAGGAGUAAUGUGACCCUAGGCUUGACUUCUCCUCAGGGCAAUUCAUGGUUCCUUACUGUGACUGUGGAUCCGCCGCCGCCAAGUCCGAAAUGUGGAGCCCCUGAGCCUUCGUUGGCACCAUCACCGGGAGGAUUCCCUUGGGCAGUUGGAGGCGGUCUUGCUGGGAGUAUUUUCAUAAAGAUCAGAUAG